AUGCAUCGCGAAAAGUAUCCCGAGCGUGUGCCGUUCCGUCUGACGCGCAUGUUGACGUAUGCAAUGGAAGUUAGUAACAUUGAGGGAAGUUAUCGGACGACGUGUGAGCAUGUCAUGCGGGUAUUGCGGAGUAACAAGGAGAGUGUCAUGGCGGUGUUGGAAGCUUUCAUCCACGACCCCCUCCUAACCUGGCGUCUCGGCCACCGCGGCGAAUCCCCCCCCGAACCAAACUACCCGUCUGAACGCCGGCAAUCCAUCAUGGGCGACGCCGCCGAACUCAGCUCCCUCGUCGGCCGCCCCCGUCACCGAUCCAGCAUCGCGCCCCCGGCCCACCACAACAACGCGGCCAACAACAACAAUGACCAAGAGGCCAAGGAGGUCCAGAAUGCCCGCGCCCUGCAGGUCCUCAGUCGCGUCAAGGAGAAGCUGACGGGCAAGGACUUUCGCCCCGGCGAGGAACUGGAUUGCAAUGCACAGGUCGAUCGCCUGAUUCAGGAGGCGACGAAUCUGGAGAAUCUGUGUCAGCAUUAUAUUGGGUGGUGUAGUUUCUGGUAG